AUGAAUUUAAGAGCUGAAAAGGUAUUAAAAUUUCUUGAAAGCAAAUUUUUAUAUGUUCAUUUAAACUGGGUUGAGGAAACGUUACAUCAAAUAGAUGUUUCUUUAAAUGACAAACAAUUGGAACAACAAAUAAUACAGUAUUUAUUGAAUUCUGAUAUUAAAAAGUCCUUAACUUUCCAAUCAUGCUUACCUGCUGAUAUUUUUGAUAAACAUAAUCAAGUUUUGCCUGGUCCAUAUUGUUUACAAAUUAUACAUGUUCAAGAUAUUGGAAUUAGUAUAUUUAAUCAAUUAGAAUAUCUAGAACAGUUUGAUGAAUCUGGAACUAUUAAAUCAUAUAAUGUUAUAUGGAAUAAUUUAUCUGAUAUUGAUGACGAUGAAAUACUAGAUACUGAUAAACCUGCAUCAAAAAAAUUUUGUAAAUUACUACUCGAAGAUUCAUCUGGCUUAUGUGUAUGGGCAAUUGAACAUAAGCCAAUUAAACAUAUUCAUAUAGGAAUAAAUCUUGGAACUAAGAUAUUAUUGAAAAAUAUUCUUGUUCUUAGAGGUGUUCUUAUAUUAAACCCUUCAAAUAUUACAUUUUUGGGUGGGCAAAUAUUUGAACUUAAUAAAAAUUAUUUCCCAUCCGGACUUAAAAAUCAAUUAAAAUCUGCUCUUUAUAAUAUGAAUAUUUGA